AUGACUUCAGCUAAAGCAGCCGCCACAACCUUCCGGGGCCUACUCAGCGAGGAUGCUCCGUACCCAAUUUUGGACUCCCUUACAUCCUGCCUUACCAUACCGGAGGUUUUCGGAUUGCAACGGGUGUGCCGGUCGUUUCGCUGGCUCCCGGGGCACUUGCUGAAGACUCGCUUGAACAUCGAAAGGCAUCUUCGAGCCUUUGUCAGCAAUCCCCGACAAUUCCGUGAGCGCAUGGGGCAAUAUGGCGGAAUCAUCUCGAGAGGCUUUGCCCUUAACUUCUUCGUUCCCGGCUGUCUACGCACUCCGUAUCUGGAUGUGUUUCUGGAGACAGGACCAAGAGCCGAGCAUUUCGCACGUUACCUAAGGCUCGAGGAACUGUACGUGGAGAACGAAAGCGAACACGACGAUGGUGAUGAGCCUCAAACACCUGCCGAGAUGUUACUGCACAACGCCAAGCGUGGCACCACAAUCCGUCUCACACUGACUGAUGGAUUUCCUCUCCUCAGUAUCCUCAAGACUGCAUGUACAACCGCCGACCUGAAAUUCAUCACGAGAGACAAGGCAUACUCGCUCUUCCCAAUCGUCACCAUUCAGGAGCAUAAGCUUUACCCGUUGAGCCGACUGACAGAUGAUUUUGGCCGCCGUCUGAUGGAAUACGCACACCACGGCUGGACGACGCGCGAUGUGAUUUGGCCUGACUGGACGCGCAAGAAGUUCAAGGGUAUGGAAUGCCGACGAGUUGGCGAUCGCUUCUCCCUUGUUGUGGACUUUGCAGAUAAUAUCGAUACGCCGAUGUCCACGCCCAGUCACGUUAUUGAUCACUCUCAAUAUGAGGUACUGGGCACGGCCACUACGAUAGGACUCAACCGUAGUCAACGAAGAGACGAUCACUUCUUGAUUGAAGUAAAAUCCCUCACUUCCCACGCCCUCCGCCACUCUUUUACUAUCGGGGUCUCCACGUCGUGGAAUUUGUUUCUCAGUCAACGCCUCGAAAGAUGGGUUUUAGUGGAACUAUACAAGAUGGGCAGCACAGACCGCCCACAUAACUUUACCACCAACGUUCCUCCUUUCCCGUAUCAGAUUUCUCUUCCAGCUAGCUUCACGCCUCCGACGACCUGGGAUUACGCCGAUGAUCAAGUAGCCACAUGGUACAAAGAGUGGGAAAGCCAGUGA